AUGGCUGUGGAGUUCUCAGAAGUUACCCAUGAUGCGGCGCUGCUCCCAAGUGUAACCACUGGAGGUCCUUCUUUGCCCACAGUUCAACAGGCCUACUUCGGCAGUGGGGUCUCCAUGGACGUGGGUCCGGCUGAUGGUAUGACCACGCCCCUCAAAUCAAAGCCUCCGCGGGCACCGUCAAGCCAAGCAACAAGGACCCCGCGCCGCGCAUUUGACCAGGCCAACCCGUCUGCUCCUUCGAGCCCAUCAAUCAAGGUGGCACAGUCGCCUAUUCGGGCAUCACCUCGCCAGGCUUACAAGGAGCGUUCAAGGGUGUUCUCGUCGUGGACAAGAGUUGGCCCGCGUCGUGAUGGCGGGUCUUCAACCAUGAGCCCGACGAGAGAGAAGAGCGGGUCAGAGCCAGUCUCGCUUCAAAACAGCUUCAACGCUCUCCUUAAACUGGAGACUGGAGAAGCGGAACCCGUUCCGGAACCGGAAAAGAGAGAGUCGGCCCCUCCUUUUACUUCCGUCUUCGUCCAAAACAUCUCUAGACGGGAGAUCAUUUACCAGCUUCCUCUGCUCAAAGCCGAGACAGUCUCAGCUUUCGUAGGGAGAGUUUCGACGCGAUUCGAUUUGCCGGAAGUGCGAGGUCGGAAAGUCGAGCUCCGUUUACAGUCCCACUCUCUCCCUAUCUCAAGCUUAGACGCUUCCUUGGAAACAACUUCGGUGCGACCAGGAGAAACCGUCGAAUUCGAAGCAUAUCUCAAGUGUUCCCGGAAAAGCCAUCUACAGCCCCUGUCGUUUUUCUCAAUGCUAAAAGGGGGUCGCCUGUCAAAAGCCUGCAUCGAGUGUGAUCAGUCGGGGAAGUCUGGGGAAGUGCGAGAAAGGAAGGGUGGUACUGCACCGCCCCCGCAGGGAGUACCAUCAGGAGAACGGUGGUGCGCGGGCUGUAAAACUUUCAAUGCGGAAGCGGAAUUCGGAAAGAAGAAAAACUGUAAGACUUGUUACCUCCGUUCUGAGAAAAACAACAAGGCCCGGGCCGAAAAGAAACGUGCUCAAAAGCAAGGAGCUCCGGACCAGACGGCAGCGGAAGAAGUAGAGUUUGGGGUCGCUCAGGUCCCGCUUGCUCCGGGGGUGGUCACACCGGCGGUGCCAGAAGCGGAAACCGUGCCGGUCAUGAAGGAUGACGCCGAAGGCGCGCCCGUUGUGAAAUCUUCAAGGGCCGGGACGGUCGAAAUGCCAGUCGAAGUUCUGACCUUCGCUUCGGAAGAAGAGUUCGAGGCAUGGAAGACUAAGCAAGAGACGAGUGGCGGCAUCGAUCUGCUGUCGCAUCGGGAUCAGCCAAGCAAGCUUAUUGACACGGGCCUUCCCUCAUUCAUUGCCCAAGAUCCAACGACUUGGGUUGUGAAAAGUAGUGUGUGCAUCCGGUCAAACGCGACUUUCAGAUUCCGCGAAUUUAAGUGCAUGUGCCAUGGUAAGUCAAAGGCGAGGUCGUUGCGCAAUCAACCAAAGCGGGGGGCAGUAAAGGUUGUGGCUGGGACAUCCAAAGCUGUUGGGGGUGAGACCGCUCAGGAUGUUUUCCUUCGUCAAGCCAAGGAGGACGAGGAACGGGGUCGCCGCCAGGCGCGGAAAGGAGCGGAGGUGCUAUCACUGUCAGGGUCUUUGGGACGCAUCUACCUGCGUGCGGAGAAGCCCACUCCUACCGAGAGGCCUGGAUAA